AUUAAAAAAAAAUUAGUCUGUUGUUGAAACUUGAGUCGAUAUUUUAUAAAUAAUGGCUAAAUAUUUAAAUUAUUUAUUAGUAUAUUCAUUUUUAUCAGUAUUAAGUUUACAUAAUGUAAUUACAACCGAAUCAGUUCCAGUUGUUUUCUGGAAUAUCGACACUCAUAAAAAUGUUCCUGCAUUACAACAUGUCGGGAAAAAAUAUUUUCGAGAUAUUGUACAAACCUAUGUGAAAGAUGAGCCUUUCGUAAUUGUUUUCGAAGAUGAAAAUUUAAGUACGGAAGACUUUACGAGCCGUGAUACAUCUGGCCGUAAUGUAUUUGGAACAUUUAAUAAGUUAAUUGAAGAUGAGAAAAUUUCAUAUAUGCCAUCUGUACAAUCGCCAUUACAUGUUUUAUUAAAUUUGGCUGCUAAAUCAAAAGUGGAGUUAAAAGCCAGUGAUAUUCGAUCUGGUGAGAGUCAACUGCCAAAACCAGCAGCUGGACAAUAUGUUUUUAUUCAUUUAGAUGAGGCUAACGAUGACGAAGAUCGUCCACAUUUACUUAAACGUCAUGUAAAAUUCAUGGCUGAUGUUUACCAAAAAGUACAAAAUCAAUAUCCAAAAACGUUAGCAAUCUACACAGCAGAACGGCCAUCUUGGUAUGUACCAAGUAUGAAUCCAAUUCGUAGAAGACGUAAUUUAUUGGAAACGGAACAACAGGUGGAUCAAAAUGCAAUCACAUUCUUUGAUGAAAAUAUCAGAAUUUUCUCUGAGACCCCAUAUUUAAUCGGUGAAGACAAGAAAAAGCAAACGCUCCAAGACCUUACAUUUUCAUCAAAGAAGAAUGGUACAAGUCAAAUUGAAGUCACAGCAAGCACAAAGGAUAACGAAACGAUUUUAGGAUUAUUGUUCACCAAAGCUGCUGGAUAUUGGUAUUUAAUUUCUGUAACAGUGAAUAAAACUGAUAGUUCGGAUACAAUUAGAGCUAAAGAAAUUGCAGCCCCUUUUGGAUUCUCAUACCAUUGUAAUGAAUUAAAAAUUUCAAAUAAAAAAAUCACUAUUGGUUUUCCAAAAGCUCAAUUCCAACCAAACUUCAAUUCAAAUUCAACACCCGCACCAACAGCAUUCGGUGAUGCAUACGAUUGUGUCGGUUUCACAUCAAUACCAAUCUGGUCUGGUUUAUUUGUCACAUUUAUUUUAGCCAUGAUCAUGACUUUGGGUCUUACAAUGAUGAUGGAUAUUAAAACAAUGGAUCGUUUUGACGAUCCCAAGGGCAAAGGUGUUACAAUCAACGUUGUAGAAUAAGUGAUCAGAAACUAAGUGGAACAAUUUAUUUUGUUUCCUCAAAGUAGUUUAUUUAUUAAACAAACAAACAAACAAAAAACACAAAAAUAAGGAGACCAUUGUGGUUUAUAAUUUCAAUUCGAUUUCAAAUACAUUUUUAACGUUCAAGAAAAUUUAUGAAUUAUUUUAAAAAAAAUGUUUGUAUUGAAAGUCAUCCAUAUACGUUCAAAUGUUUUUACUCAUGCCUAAAAAAUUAUUCGGAAUUCGGAGUUCUCAAUCUCAUUUAAAAAAUAAAAUUACAACUUUCAUUUUGUAACAGGUAAGUUAUAAAAUGGAAGAUGACAGUUUCUAAAAUAUUAGAAAAAGAUAAUAAUUUUUUUUUUUUAAAAAAGAGAACUCUGAUCAUUUUUGUCUAUAAUGAUUUAAUUCGUUAAGAGGUAGUUUUUGGUUUUACCCCCGGUUUUUUCUACAAUUUUUAAUCGAACUUUCCUUAGAAACUAUAGGAUCUCUUCACGCUCAAGUAUAAUUCCAGGAGUAAAUUUUCUACUCUUCGUAACAAAGUUUUUCCUGUUUUUUUUUAUAUAUUGUUUAACUUAAUUUUCGCCUCUAAGGAAAGAAUCUAAACUACAACUCGUAGUCCCAACUCUUGUAAAGAUAUUAAAAAAUUUACAAUCAAGGUAACUAAUCCAAAAACUUUCAUUCUCCGGGUGAAAUGAUCACAUCCCGUUCUACAAUGAAUAGAGAUAAAAAUAUUACACGUCUAUGGGUGACUUUAUAAUACGUUUAAAAUGUAUUGAAUCAAAACUUAUUUGUAAAUAUUCUUAAAAAUAUAUAUAUUUGUUCUUAAAAAUAAAAAAAAUAAAAAUUAUUUUAAGGGAUAACAUCAUUUUUUAAUCAAAUUCGAGCUUAAUUCCACUACCUUUGAUUUUUACAAGCUUUCUCAUUCUAUGGACAAGAAAUUGCAUUUAUAGACCACAAGCCCAUGCUGAAAUUUUUCGGGUGAAAUGAUUCACCAGGAAACAUGGCGUCAUUUUUGCGCGAUACAGGUGAAAAUAUGGAUGUCACAUCUGUUGGUAUCUCACCCCCAUACCCCUGUAGAAGAUAAUUACAUAAAUGUCGUACAAAAAUGAAUACGUAGGGCUUCGGAAAUUGACGGGAUAUCAAAAGGUUUUUUUUUUUAAUUUCCGGUACCGAAGUUAUCGGAUUUAUUACUGUACGAAAUAUAUAUAAUUCACUUCGAAUACUUAUACAGAGUUAGUAUCCAGCAACUCCGUACGCCAUGAUGCUUUAACUUACUUUUACAUAUAGAAGCAUCUUUUUCGACAUGUUUCCUGGUGGGUCUAUUAAAAUCAAGCCAGAUUGCGAUAGCCGAUCCGAAUCAUAUUUUGCUUGUCUAUCUCGUUCGAAUUUAACGAUCAUGUUUGUAUGAAUCAGCUGUUUACAGGGACCUAAAGACACCCUAGAAUUACAAAUUGAAAUUUAAAAAUGUAAGAAGUGGUGGAAUUACAGUUAAACUUACCUAAAGAGACCCUAACAGGUAGUGCAAUGUUAAACUUCUCUUUAAAAAUGAUCGUUUGAAGGAUGUUCACUUAUGAUGAACUUCUUCGUGAUUCGAAAUAAUUUAAAAAAAGGUGAUAUCUCUUAGAAAAAAUCUGCAUUUUUUUUUUAAAUAUUAAUGUUUGAUGUCUUUAACAAUUCAAAUCAGAGAUAAGGGAAAAUUUAUCUGCUAUUAAUUACUACAGGGUCCUUAUUUCUAGAAAUAUUUUCAUUAAUACUGCUUUAUUUUAUUUGAAUAAUAGUGUACUUUUCCCUGGGACUGUAAGUCCAGUUAAUUUCUUUCGAAAUUCUUGUAAAUAUGAUAAAGACAUCCUUAUCUCGAAACAGAAUCGUCCCCUAAAAUGACAUCAGACAAGAAAAUUAAAUAUAAAUAUUUAGAGUGCUGUGAAAAAAAAAUUCAAUUUAGGUAUAUUAAAGACAAUACCCCGAUUUUCCAUUC